UCCAUUGAAAAAGAUAUCACAUUCUUUUAUCAACGGUGCAAGAAAACGGUCACAUUAUUUUCGGUCCACCUCCUCCAUACUACAAUGGACAAUGGCGUCAUCGUGGAUUGAGCGCCCGCAGUCUGUUGUCUCGAUUACCGAUGGACCUAAAGCUAAGGACAACGUCAUUUCCCCAAAAAAUCUUUUACCGCACGCACAGCUCAGAAAUAGCCAAACCUGAAUUUGUUGUCAUUGCAAUUUCAUUGAAAUGCUUUGAACCUUCAAGGAACCUUCAAGAUCUGAUGAUUCCUGCCCACGUUUUGGCGAGAGAUACAGGAAUAAAUGAGUCAUAGAUUAGCAAUCGAAAUUAGAUCACGAGGGAAAUCAUGCCAAGAUGUUAAUUUUGAAUUGAAAGGUAUUAUUAAAUUUCAGGGAAUCACUUUCCCAUCUGUAGUUUGAGAAUAUAUCUGCUCGUCAAUAACAAUUCAUUUACUCUCGGCUUUUGCUUCGCUCGACCAAUGACAAUAUACGUAGUCCAAAAGAGAGGAUGGCUAAUGAUUUACUUUAUUAGUGACACCUCAAACCCAUUUCAACUUGGUACAAAUCCAGCGAGUUAGACGUUUAGGGUGUUCGUGGAAUGUGUGGAAGUCACACAACAGGCGAUCUAUUUCCCCUUGCUGGCCUUUGAAGGCCAGUCGAGAAAGGAAAGGCGACCAGAGUUCUCUCUUAUGAACCACGGUUGACUCGGAAAAAACGGCUCGAUGAUGGUUGUUGAGUGUUGAGUGGGCGGGUCUCUCCUCUGGCUUCUUCUCUUCCGUUUUCUGCUCUGUCUUUCCCAUUUUGUCUUCCAGCUGAAAUUCUCCAGUUUGGCAUGAGAUUUGUUGCUUUAAGGCCUCAAAGAGACACGUCCUUGAAUUAGCUUUGCAACCCGUUCAUCUGAUUUGGCGUCAAUCUGUGUCUUUUUUCAAAGGACGCGAGUGAAAACAGGAAAACCUCAAAACUUAAACACCAAAGAUCAAUGGAAAUGGACUUCAUGGAAACCUCCACCUCUUCAUCGUCUUUGAUGCUUCCAACACAAUCUCCCAUUUGGCAUCCAUCCGAGGAAGUCACCGAAUUCGACGAAACAGUCCUCAAUGCUGAACAAUGGGACCUCCUGGAAUUGUACAGACUCAACCGAUCCAUCCACCAACCUUGGUUUUCGAUCUAUUCGUGGGCCUACAUCUCUGUGAUAACCCUGACCUUCGUCAGCAACACUCUCUUCUUUUGCUCCAUGAUCCGAAGGAGAGAUUCAUGGACACCCAGGAAUGUCUUUAUUCUAAAUCUGGCCGUAGCAGAUCUCUGUAUUUGCUUCACUAUGUCCUUCAGCGCCACGGAUGUUCUCACCAAGUAUUGGCCUUUUGGUGUCCAAAGCGUGUAUCUUUGUCGAUGCAUCAAGGCCUCGCCCUGUUUCUUGGUCUACUUCAUGUCCAUGAUCAUCGUUGUUAUUGCCUUGGAUCGAUUCCGAUGUAUUGUCCAGCCAUCAUCGGUUCAACUCACUACUCGACAGGCGGCACUCAUCAUUCCAGCCAUUGGAGCAUUGGCUUUAACAAUGUCCACGCCAGUUUUCCUACACACCCACAUUCAUAUUCCCCGUCUCCCCAACACAUCCUCAGCCAAUUCGGCUCAAAGUUCGGACGAUCCGUGGUCUCAAAUCAUGUUCUGCAUCGAAGAUUGGAGCUACGAAGGCAAUGGUUCAACCACGACCAUCCAGGGCGAGAACAAGCGACAUAUGUAUUCGAUUUUCUCGCUGGUCUUCCAAUUCAUUCUCCCGUUUUCCGUCAUCUCCUGUAGCUACUAUCUGAUCUAUCGUUACCUCCAAAAGAACCGACUCAUUCGAAAAGAUAAAAUCCGGGACCGAGAGAAAGCCCGGAGAACCAACGCGAUGUUGUUCCGUGUCUCGAUGGUUUUCUGCAUAUGUUGGUUGCCAUUGAACGUAUUGGUCCUUGUUAUUGAUGGAACAGAUCUUUUCAAGGACAACCAUGAAUUGAUGCUCUGCGCUUUCAUGAGUUGCCACUUGAUCGGGAUGUCGAGCGCUUGCUUCAAUCCCAUGCUCUAUGGAUAUUGCUUUGAAACGGAGCGGUCCCUGUUGAACCGAUUGUUGGGCAAGUGUGCCAUUCACGUUCCAUGCUUGAGCCAUCCGGCGAUCGAGGAAAACGACCACGAUAUCGAGUUUCAAACCCGAAGUCGGCACAUUGGCGGGGUCGAUUAAGGUCGCGAGCGAAAGAACGGAGGCGCCCAUGGGAAAGGUUUCCUGACUCCUGAGCCCAGUCAGGGAAUCGUCUAAUGGGCCUUGUUCCUCUAGAUUGAGUGAGAGCCAUCGAUAUGGUUUCGAUUGUUGAAGCCGCGUGCUUGGGACGUAAUCGUUUUUGACACUGUGGGUGUGUGAGAGGUUUCAAGAUUGUCUUUGAAAUAAACAUAUACUAUAUUUACUUUGCACUGGCCUCUACCUCGCUCUCCCGACCGCAUUUUGCUUCAAUGUAAUGCAACAACCAACCUAGGAUUGGAUUGGGAGUUAAACGCUAACCUCAUAU